GUCAGCGGCUUCAUUUGCAUAAUCUUCCUGCAGGGAAUUUAUUCCGGUGUGAACACGAUCCGCUCUUAGUUCCAUAGGGGAGCUAAGUGCUGGGAGCUAAGUGCUGGGAUCUAAGUGCUGGGAACUAAGUACGGCAAAGUACUUGGUGUGAAAGCGGCUAUUGACGUCAGAUUGAUCCUCUAAUCUCACUCUUGGAAAAGCUGCAAAUGCAUUCAUUUAUCUCAAUGCUGUAAUUAUGUUGCUGUGUUUCAGAAAACGGGCCUCAGCUGUCGGUGGCAGCAGAACAAACGAAGGUGGUUUCACGGCGCGGAGGAAACGCUACGUUACCGUGCAAGAUCCGAAUGGACCAAUCAAUGACACCCAGCCGCAAGAUGAGGAUCAAAUGGACCAAGAUGACGUCGGACUACCUGAAAGAGGUGGAUGUUUUCGUAGCCAUGGAUUACCACAAGAGGAGUUACGGGACUUUCCACGGUCGCGUCCAUCUGCAGAGCUCGUCUCCGAUGGACGCCUCUCUGGUCAUCACCGAGAUCACCCUGGAGGAUUAUGGGAGGUAUAAAUGUGAAGUGAUCGACGGGCUGGAGGACGGGACGGUGGUGGUGUCUCUGGAUCUGGAAGGUAGAUCAAAAAUACCAGUUUUAAACUCGGAGGAGCUGAACAAAGAGGUGGUGAUGCAGACGGAGACUCUGCAUACAAGCAGGUCGGAGGUGUCGGAGGUCAAACGCAUGCUGCAGUCUCUGCAGGUUGAGCUGCAGGCCGCACUGAGCAAUAAAAGCUCUAUGGAGGCAUCUCUGGCCGAAAUACAGGUCCGCUUCUCCAUGCAGCUGUCCCAAUACCAGAUGCAGGUGAGCAGCAUGGAGGAGCAGCUGAUGCAGCUCAGGGCUGACCUGGAGAGGCAGGGACAGGAGUACCAGAUGCUGCUGGACAUCAAGACCCGCCUGGAGAUGGAGAUCGCCGAGUACAGGAGGCUGCUGGACGGAGAGGACGUCGGGUCCGCCGCUCUCUCCUCCUCCUUUAUCUCCUCCUCCUCUCUCUCCUCCUCCGCUCUCUCCUCCUCCGCUCUCUCCUCCUCCUCCUCGAACACUUCGAACACCACGACCACCACCGUCAUCACAAAAGCCAUCGAGGAGACAAUUGAAAACUGAUGAAGAUUUCUCCUUCCUCUUCAUCAGCCGCAGCUCCAUCCUGACGACAAUCCGGUUUGUGUUCAUGUGAUGGAACAUCUUUACUCUGCUUCCGCAAAUAAAACUAAAGAUAACUCAGA